GAGCUCAAAACACUCUCGGAAUUAGCUUCCGCAAUUGCGCUUCUAUCUAUUUCAUGAUUAACUACAUGAAUGAUUAAAGCAACAUAAUCUUAUCUUUUGACAAUGAACGUAUCAAGUUAUUCAGUCAGCUUUAUAUAUAGACUACCAAGUUGUAAUUCGGCACAGACGAUAACUCAAGCGAAACUAUCUCAAACAUAAAUCUACUCGAUAAGACAUUGAUUUGUAGUCGCAUUUUAUUGUCAGCUGCUGUCAGCUGCUGUCAGCUUAAGGCAAAUGUGCAAAUUGUCUUAUGCAAAGCAAGCAGCGACAUAUUGAUUUAGUUCAACUGGCAACUCAUCAGUCAUGGCGGUCGCUAUCAUAAACGAGCUGACAGAUGUCAGCCGAGUGUCAAAGGCGAAACCCAGUAAAUGAUUUCGUUGUGGGUUUUAUGGCCCAACCUGCGAAGAGGUGAUGAAAUGGAGAAGCGAUGCAUGAGAAGCUAUAAAAGCCGCGUUCAUCUCUCUGGAGACCUGACGUCGAUUCUGACCUGAGCACGUGUGUCCAGUGGCCCGUUUUUGGGAAAUGCCAAAAUUAAAAAGCAAUCAAGGAAUUUCCCAGGCAGGCAACCUAAUUACCAGGUUUGCACUUAACGCGAAAACGUCGCUGGGACUUCGACCAAAAGGGGGUGGCAAGUGUCGCCUACCUGUCCAGGUAGUUCGGACAUAUCCUUCGCUGACGGCUACCUAAACGGACUCAAGUGCUAUAUAAACAGCGUCGAGAAUGAGAGCAGACAUCAGUUGCACAGCAACCAGUGAAGCAAACACAUCUCGAGUAUCUUAACCGCAUUUGUGAAACAUCCCAGUUAAAAGCUAAUACCAAAAUGGCCACCUACACUUGCACACAGUUCGUCGACUUCAUCGAGCCCAGCUGCUUCGGCACAACAACUACGACGUUUACCCUUGAUGCUGGCCGCUUUGUCAAGCGUGAUCUGCACCUCUUCAUGGAGUCCAUCGAGACGAUUUCCCGCAUCGAACGGGAGCGUCAUGAGCGCCGUCAACAGCGACGAGAGCGCAAGGUGCAACAGGCUCGCAUUGCCGAAUUGGAGAGUGAUCGUUGUGUGAGUCCCACACCCAGUGCUGAGGAGGCUGUGGACGAACCCUUGAUGUACAUGGAGGCCAAGUGCAUUCCCUAUGCCAUCAGCGAUGCUCUUCCCGUGGAUCGCAAGACUCCCUCAGAGUACGACAUCUGCGACGAUGAAGCCUAUGGCAGCAGCUCGAAUCAAUCGCCAAGGAGCAGCGUUACCUAUUGCAGUUGUGCCGGUGUCUCUAGCACUGGACUCGACUCGGACUCGGCUGAAUCGGGUGUCUAUGCUGGCUCUCCUUUGCCUCCGGUGCGUCCUCGUUCGCAGGUUAUCAGCAAGCCAAAGAAUCGCACCACUCGCUCUCGCAUCAUCAGCAUGGUUCUCAAGCGGGAAUAUGCCAAGGCACCCUCGACAGAUGAAUUGGAGAAACCCGAACGUUGCAAUCAUUUGCUUGAAAGCACCAUGAAGCAAAAGUAUGAUCAACUGACCAGCAAAUCUCGUCGUGGCAUCGCCUGCGGCCAGGGAUCUCCCGAGGAAUGCUUCCUCGACAGAGCCCUGCGCUACCUUACCUUGUGAUGGGCACAACUCCAAGUGCCAGCAGCUUUAACUUUAUCUUCCUAAGAGAAAACUUGUAAUCCUUAUCAUACUAUUCAUAAUCAUUAUCAUACUAAUCAUAAUCAUACUAUUUUCAUCAAGUAGACUAACAUUGUUUGUAAAACAUUUCAACAUUAAA